AUGCCAAAGGCCGAAGUGGGAUCUACCAAGCAUCUCUCGAACAAGCUGAAGAGCAAAGGGCUCCAGCGUCUAAGAUGGUACUGCCAAGUCUGUGAGAAACAAUGUCGCGACGCGAACGGGUUCAAGAUGCACACGCAGUCGGAGAGCCAUGUGCGGCAAAUGCUCAUCGUCGGCGAGGAUCCCAAAAAGUUCAUCAACCAAUACAGCGACGAGUUCCUCAAGCAUUUCCUGCAGCUGUUAAAGACUGGCCACGGCGAGAAACAAGUGCACAUCAACCAAUUCUACCAAGAGUACAUUGCGAACAAGGAGCACAUCCACAUGAAUGCGACAAAGUGGCCGUCAUUGACGGAGUUUGCCAAACACCUCGGCAGAGAGGGGAUUUGUCGCGUGGAGGAAACAGACAAGGGAAUCCACAUCUCGUGGAUUGACAACUCCCCAGAAGCCCUGAAACGACAGGAAGCAUUGAGGCGGAAAGAGGCUCAAGAUCAGGGCGACGAGCAGUUGGAGCAAAGAAUGAUCAAGGAGCAGAUUCGACGGGCGCAAGCUAAUGCGGCGAAUCGCGAGGGGAAACCCGAAGAUGGGGAGGAUCGCGAGUUGAAGCGCCAACAAGAUCAGAAGAUCACCCUGUCGUUUGGGUCGAAGCCAAAACAGGAAGCGUCGAAACCGCCCAGCGGAGAAUCCCCAUCGGAGCCUUCCGCAUCACUUGAUCUCAAGGGUGAAGAGGCCAAAGCAGCUGGUUUCGGCGGUGUGUCCAUGAAACUCGGUGGCAAACCACAAACCAAGAACGUAUUCGCGCAAGCAAAGAAGAACGCACUAGCAGGCGGCCCCAAGAAGAACGCCAAGAUCGAACAACCAAAAAAGAUGAGUGAGGCGGAGAGAAUCAUGCGCCAAGAGAUGGAUAAGAAGAGAUCACGAGAAUCAGCAGGGUUAGGAUCCAACAUGUCGUCCGAGAAGAAGCAGCGCAGUAGCUGA